AUGAAUCAAGCGCCGAGGUCCCAAGCACUGCAUCAGUUGAGUGACUUUGAUCGUGCUAAACAAUGUCUGGUAAAAGUACAGAAGAUUGAGCCCCAUAAUGAAGAAAUAACAAGAGAACUCCGAAAGCUGGAUGUAUCUGUGAAAAAAUUCCGAGAACUAGAGAAGGAUCUGUAUGGUAGAAUGUUUGCUAAAAAGAACAACAAAGUAGCUACAGCUGGGAAUGGAGAUGCCCCAAAAGUUACUUUGAAGGAAUGCUCUCAAGAAUUUCAGAAGCAAGUUACAGAAACAUUGAGUAAUUUCAAGGAUAUGGACAUUCAAGAAAUGCCUCUAUCUGUGGUAUCGUUCACUCCAUCUGAAAUUGAUUAUGUUACCAAGUGUGCUGCAGGCAUGGACUUUGAUAUAAAAUACACUGGACCGAAAAGUGAAAGAUUCAUGAAAAUCAUCAAGAGAAGCGAAGCUGAGUAGAAACUGGGAGAAAAUGCGUUUUCUGUUGCAUUUGGGAAAUCAUGUUGAAAUUUUUUUAGAUUUGUUUGCUCACACGCUCAGUUGAAGUGAGAGUUGUUUUUUAAUUAAAAUUUUCAGUAGGAAAUGUAGAGCACAAAAAACUAUAAUCUUUCAUUUUUUUAAAUUAAUAAUCGUAAACUGUUCUUCCUGCAAGUGUUCAGGAAAAAAACUUGCUAGGUGUAGUUUCAUUCAGAAACACAAAUAUCUUCAGAACAAUCAGUACGUGUUCAUCUGCUGAUUAGGGGUACAGGC